GUUGAUGUCAUAGAAUGAAGAAUGUUGCAAGAAUCCAGAGAGAGAGAGAGAGAGAGCGAUAGAGAGAGAUGUUUACACAGUAAUAUACAUGUCUCGAGCAAAAGUCAAACGAGAGUGAACUUGUUUGGAAGGAUUGUGUCAUUCCUUUCAGGGGGAGAGACGGGGUGGGGGAGGACCCAACAGCUGUGGAGGAACUGAAAGAGGGAGAGAAAAAAGUUAGCACCAUAUAUACACAUUGAGAGAGUGGAAUGGACUCGAGAGUGCAUUAGCUACUUCUGACAGAAAGACAGAAAAGAGAAAGAGGGAGUGAGAGGGGAGUGUCUUAAUUCUUUGCCUUCUUUGUGUUUUACGACUGAAGAAUAAGAACAGAACAUAGAAAAUGGCUGACUCCAGCAGCAGCAAACCGUUGGUGGUGACUUCCUCCCUCUCCCUCAAGGUCACCGCCCCCUCCUUCUACAAUCAGCCAAAAAAGUUUGCUUCGGUCGCACCGCCUCGUCCCAAAAGCCAGUCCUCCCAGCCUUCAGCUGUCGGCACAGCUGUGAUCGGCCGCGUCGGAGAGAUGCCCCCUCCGCCUCCCGCUGUCUGUGAGGAUUUCCCACCCCCUCCUCCCCCAUUGGAUGAUGCUGAGCUGCCAGCCCCACCCCCAGAAUGCCAGACCACACCCCCUGCUUCAGAGGCCCCCCCGCCUGCCUUCCCUGCCCCUCCCCCUCCGCCCGUGGAGGACUUUCCUCUCCCGUCACCACCCGAAGAGGAGCCCCCCUUCCCCUGCUCCCCGCCUGCCCCUCUCCCCCCACCACCGCCCCCGCUCCCGGCAGCCAGUAACAGCAAUAAUGCACAGCGGUUCCUAGAGAAACAGACCAGCUUUGACAGACAGCUGGACUCCCUGACUGACAUGCUGUCUGAGAUGGAGACCAGAGGGCCCUUUAACCCGAAGUUGCCUAGUCAAGUCCCACUUGUGCCUGCAGCGAAGCCAUUCGUUCCCCCACCCACCGCCCCCAAGCCCUCGCUCUCCUUCCUGCCCCCCCCUGAGCUCCAGGACCGCCCGCCGCCCGCCCCCUGGGCGCAGGAACUCAAACUGCGCCAGACGAACAGGCAUGCCGGCCAAUCCCCGGCGCCCGCCCCCUCUCAGCCGCCUCCGGCCCCCAAGGGCCCCGGUGUGGCCCCCAAGUCUUCCGUCCCCGCCGGUCAGGCCGCGUCGAGCAGCGCGGCGCUCUUCGGCCCCAAAGCCAACGUUUCGGCUCCUCCGGCCAAUCAGAAGCUGGCGAGCGUCAGCGCCCCUACGUUCGCCCCCAAGCCGGCCCCCGCCAGCUCCUAUCCCCCUCCGCCCCCUCCUGUCACCUCGGUCACGCCAGCCUUCAAUCACGCCAAGCCGACGCCCGCCAACAGCCAGGCCCGCGUUAGCCCUGCCGCCGUCUCUCCCCAGCCCAAGGCCGCGACUUCGCCCCCCUCGCCUCAGGGCAGGCCAAUGGGAGCGCCGGCCUCCAAGCCCUCGGCCUCGAUUCCCGGAGGAGUGCCUCUCUCCAUGAAGGAGGUGGAGGAGCUGGAGAGGAUGACGCAAGACUUCAUCAAGGACAUGGACACUCAUGCCCCUGUCAUCACAUCCGCUCCUACAGAGGUGUGUGGGAAGUGUGGUGAGGCUCUGUCCCGGGCCCAGCCAGCAGUGAGAGCCAUGGACAAGCUGUUCCACGCUGAGUGCUUCUGCUGCAUGGGCUGCCAUCGCACGCUGCAGGGCCUGCAGUUCUACGACCGAGACGGCCAGCCCCAGUGCGAGGACUGCUAUGUGAGCUCCCUGGCGGUGUGCGCGCGCUGUGGCGAGCGGGUGACCGACCGCGUGCUGAAGGCCGUCGGACAGACGUUCCACGCCCACUGCUUCCGCUGCUGCACCUGCAGCUGCAGCCUGGAGGGGGCGCCCUUCAUCACCGACGACGACAACAACCCCUACUGCGUGCCUGACUACCACCGGCGCUUCUCCCCUCUGUGUGUGAGCUGCAACGAGCCCAUCGUGCCCGACCCAGGCAGCGAGGAGACCGUCAGGGUCGUGGCCCUGGAGAAGAACUUUCACCUCAAGUGCUACCGAUGUGAGGACUGCGCGCGCCCUCUGUCCAUCGAGGCGGACACCGACGGCUGCUACCCGCUGGACGGCAGGAUUCUCUGCAUGAAGUGCCACACCCUCCGCGCCAAACAAGCUGCGCAGUGACCUGCCAAGACCCAAAGAGAGACCGAGGCACGUGCUUGCGUCCCUGUGUGCGUUUGUGUUCGUAGGCGUCCGUGAGUCCAUGGCCCUUUGCAGGCUCUUCUGUUGAGCGUUUCUCCCUCUCACCCCUCUCUUUCUCUCUCUCUCGCUCUCUCUCUCUCUCUCUCUCUGUAUCUCCUUCCUUGCUUGCUGCUUCUCUCUCUCCCUCUCUCCCCCUUUCCCUCUCUCUCCCCCUUUCUCUCUCUCUCUGUAUCUCCUUCCUCGCUUGCUGCCUCUCUCGCCCCCUCUCUCCCCUCUUCCCUCUAUCUGUACCUCUCUCUCCCUCUCUCCCCCCUUCCCUCUCUCUCCCCCUUUCUUUCUCUCUCUCUCUCUGUGUCUCUGGCAGUACGGAGGUAAUGUACUGUACUGUUCUCCGUUCCCCUCUCUGUACUGUGAUUAUGUGAUUAUGAUUUCUUAUGUGCAUUAAAGCUUCCAGCAUGACUCGUACAACUAGAGAAUGGCAUGACUGUGUCCUUUUUAGGACUAGUGCACCCUGGGAUUCAUGCCUUUUGAUCACAAAGAAUCUUAUUAUGAGCAAAAGUAUGGCUCAGUGAGUAACACAGCUGUAUUCCCUUGUACUUCUCAUGCGGUUAGUCUGCUGGGCUUCUUGUAGCGAUGCACUUUAGGAGUUGUUGUUCCUUCAAACCCAUCGAUGCGUACAUGGCCAUGCUGUGUUCCGCUUCUUCUCUUCUGAUUGGUCAAUGUGCCCCCUGCUUGGCUUAUCGAGGCCAAUCACGGAUGAAUGUGAUGUAUGUGAAUAGCGAAGCAACAUGCCCUGUAACAGAGUGCUUUGAACAAACUACAUUUCCCAGCAUACAUUGUGACUGUAGAGCAGAGGUUUUGGGUUGCUCACUGCUACAUGGGAAUCGUAGGUCUUCUAGGGCUAAGUCUUUCAAUGCAAAAAAGUUCUGGCUUGUUAGGGGUUUUGAAUUGUGUAAUGUAUGAAUCACUGCAAAAUGUAUGUUAAUUCCAUUUUUUACUGAACAGCUAUGACAACGGCUGAUUAAUUUGAUUUCGUGUGUGCGAGAAUAAGCACAGCUUAAAAUGCACAAUAACAAGUAUUUAUGAAUAGUAAGCCGCAUUGAAGCUACCAAAACUGCAGUCACUGUAAGCCAGUGGAGAAGUCCAUUUCAUUUACUUUGUGCUACUUCAUGAAGGUUAUGAAUAAGUGAAUAUUUCCUCAGUAAUGAUAAUCUUCUUAUUCAUUUCUACAUUCUCACUUGCUAAAUUAAAUGUAAUAGCUUUAUAUACAGUUUAAACAAAGGCAAAAUCACUGUCACGGCAUAAUGUGGAAUCGUGUCAACAUACUGUAAUUCACUCAUGAGUUAAGGCUAUGAUCAGAACUAAACCUGCAUUUCAAGAUAUUGUCUAGAAUAUUAAUUGCACAACUUGCCAAAUUACGUGGUAUAAUGAAUUCUUAGUAGGCUUAGGUAUUGCACGUUCUGGGGUUGCAGUUACGUCACAAAAGCAAAUAGGCUAGGCUGCUAUAACAUGAGUGCUUUAAUUAAGGGCAUAGAUAAGGUAUUAGGAUAAGGAAUGAUCUUAAAUCAGCACAAACACACUCGACUGACUUUGAGUAAGGACUAUCAGUCUCAAGUCACCGAGUGUUUUACAUCCAGUGAACUUCAGUUACUUUCCUUUGUUACUCUGGCUGAAUGAAUCUGCAGAUUUACGGAUCACAGUAUUGGUUUUCUUGGCAGUGGUGUCAAAUCAUUGUAUUACAUGCCACCAUUUCUCACCAUUGCAUCUGUUUGUUUUGGAUUGGAUUAUAUUUCUAGGUAAUAUUAUUAUAGCCGCAUUUUAUUGUAAAACUAAAGUGACUUUCUUUUCAUUCUGCGUGCAACAAUUUUCAUUUUCUAUGAAGUGGAUUUUUCCCCCACUUUAAGAUUAUUUUUUUAAAUAUGUGUGUUGUUCCUUGUUUAUCCCACUUUCUUGUUCCCACAAAAACACAUUCCUUUAAUUCUUUGCUAAUUAUAUUUUGGGGCACACAAACGGUGAAAAUUAAAAUGACCACAAUUGUGAAAAUGUUUGUAACUGUUACAUAUUACAUGGUAUUUAUGUUGCUAUUAGCACAUUUUAAAGCAUAUUAAAACCACAAAUUAUUCUAAUUAAACCGAGUGACAAUACAACUAUCAUACCAGUGUUAUCAGUUUUGUCAAUAGAUGAUUUUAAAAAGACCUAUUCACUAAAUCACUAUUGUCAUUCAAUUCAAUUGCCAUUGCUUUUGUAUUAUUCCUUAUUAUGCAUAUACAUUUUUUUUAUAUAUUGUUUGUGUGAAUGUGUACAUGUUUACGGUUUUCAACAUGCCAAUAUAUUUUUUAAAUUUUUAUUUCUCACUUGUAUUGACUGUACUCAAAAAAAUAAAUAAAAUGGAAAAGUUCAUUUGAA